AAUGACAUCAUGUGUGUUCUUUAUAUUUUAUGAGCAACUGAUAAUACUUAUCUAAAGAGUCAGUCUAGAUUUCAGCUCUUUUAUAAUAUUAGAAGCAUAAUUGCUUCAAAUCUAUAAAAUUAAAAACAUUUUAUUGCCUGAGCUUUCAAAAAUGAGUAUAAAGGAAAAUAUAAUUGGUCCAAUAAAGUUUUAAAAGUUUGUAUUAGGAAUAUUUAAAAAUUAAACUGUUAUAUCCAGUGAAUUUUAACCUUUAUGAAUCUAUUGAUAGAUGUUUAAUUGGUUAAAAACAGAAAUCCAGUACAACCUCUUGACGUUGAAGUAUUAUCAAUAGUGUGGGAAAAUGACUAAAAGUUCGGAAGGCAGGAUUAUCAGAAAAAUAUAUAUCGGUGGAAAAGAACAUGAGAUUCUGUAUAGUGAAAACAAGCUGGAAGAAGAAUUUAAUAAAAUAGACGAGUUAGAGGAGAGAAAAAUAAAAAUACAGGAUUGUUUAAGGUUAAAAGUUGAAGAAAAUGAAAGAAUUGAGAAGGAAAAUGAAAAGUUGAUAUGCAAUGUGGAAGAUGAAACGAAUGAACUUAUCAAACUGAGAACACAGCUCAUGAAAGAUCGUGAAUAUUAUGAACUGAAACGAACACAAUUUUGUAAGAAGAUGAUGCGAAAUCAUAAGAGAUCAGUUGGAUUACUGACAGAGGAUUCAGUUGAGUCCAUAGCUUCUCGCCUAGAGCAGUCUAACUCACUUCCUUCACUGAACUGUAAGAGGCUGCUGUACUUGUACAAGCAAUGGAGAAUGAUUACUUACAACAAUUGCGAGAAUUAUCUUCGUCUAGAUCAGUACAGAAAUGAGGUGAUAUCAGAAAUUUCAACUAUAAGAAGAGAGUUCAAAAAGGCGAAAUUCGAAACUCUAUCAAGUCAUAAGGAGAGUACUCUGCAAUAUCUCUAUCUCAUUGGUAAACAACGGACUGGAAAAGGACAGAUCAAGAUGCACAAAAAGAAGGAGAAUGACAUAGUUGAGCGCAUGAAAUUGUUGAAAAUUGAGAACGAAAAGUUGAAGAAAUUGUUUCAAGUUCUUUAUGACCGAAUUGGUAGCGUUGAUGAUGAUGAUGAAGAUGAUGAACAUGAUUUCAAUCAUGCCAAUGGUGAAGAAUCGAACAAGAUUGUUAAUAAAACUAGUUCUAAAUGCCAUGAUUCUGAUAAAAAAAGAAAGCAGAAUGUAAAUAAUGAAUUUGAUACGAGUGUGACCACUAGCAGUUCGGAAAGUGUUCUAUUUGAUGAUCCAGGCGUCCAUGAAAAAGACAGCAGAGUUUCAAUGAACGACUCGUACAGCUCCGAGAGCUAUGACAAUUCCUACCUAGCAAUGUCCAAUAAUCGUGCAAACUAUUCAAUCUACAACUGUACAAACUCUGAGGUUCAACUGAACAGAAACACAUCUUUGGAAUUGAAUGUCAGUGACAGUUUUAGCUCCUUGUAUGAUUUGAAAAAGUCUAGAAAGUUGAAAACUGAUAAAAGACGUGUAAGGUUCCGUGAGAAAGCAGUCUGCAUGAAUGGAGAUGAGGUUAGUGAAAAAAGUAGCACUAGAACAAUUCAAGAGGAAGAAGUAACCGCGCCCGGUGUCACUUUGGGGAAAACAGAGGAAAAUAAUUGUGAAGAAGAUAAUGUUGUUCAGAAGGAUUCAGGUUCAGUUGAGGAUCUUGUGAAGCAGUCUUGGAAAGAUGAGUUUAGUGGAAAGAGUUUGACUCAAAGAACAUCAUCGUUGCACAGUGAUACAAGUGGCAGUCUCAAUAAUAAACACGAUUCAGGUAUUGAUAAUGCUUCGAGUGGCUCCAGUUUGAGAGAUUUGAGCCUGGACGAGCUGAUAAAAGUACAGGACAGAAUUUUCAAACUAGAAAUGAGUUUGAAGCUCAACGACUGUAAGAAUUACUCAACAAAAGUUAAACUAUGUCAAAAUGAUAAAACUGAUUGAAUCGGUUUAAAAUAAUAAGAUUUUGAGAUAUUUGUUUCAGAGUAUUCUCGAUGCAAUUACCGUAUUCUAAAAACUUCGUAAAACAUAAUUAAAAGCCAAACUUCUACGGUACCUAGGUCUAUAUCAAAAUAAAACUGAUUGAAUUGAUGGAUUCAAUAGCUUUCAAAUGGAAUUUUGAUAUUACAAGGAAUAUCAGUUCAUUAUCUUGUGAAUAAAAUCCAGUAAUUGUCUAAGAAUCUGGACAAGGUGUUAUUUAAAGUUGGAGUUGAAAACUCCUCCUUUUAACUUCCUCCUUUUUUAUGCUAUAUAUAAUGCGGAAUUAUUGCCAUACCGGAAAUUAUUCUACGAUUUAUUCAACGGACUGGGGACAGGGGGAUGGACCAAUCUGUGGAUGUUCAUCAACAUGAACUAACAUUUGCUCUAUAUGUUUGAAGAAUUUAGAUCCGAGAAUUUAAAAUAAAUUAUGAGAUUCA